AUGCCCGGUGAUGUUGAAUUGCCGAGCCUCGAUGUGAAGGCACCAGACCUUGAGGGAGAUUUGAAUGUGAAAGCUGACAUCCAGAUGCCAGAGGCGCACCUCGACAUUGAGCCGCCUGCCGCAGACAUGCACGUUGAUACUGGUGGCAAGUUUGAGUUUCCAUCCAUGAAGAUGAAACUGCCUCAUCCUCACCUGAAGCUUGGCGCAUCGGGCAAGGUGAAGGCCCCGAAGGUGGAUGUGGAGAUGCCUGAGGUAGAUGCUGGUUUGGACGUGUCAGGUGGCGUGACACUGCCAUCUGCGGACAUAGACGUGAAGAUGCCGUCUGCGGACAUUGACGUAAAAUUGCCGUCAGCUGGCACUGAAGUGAAUGCAGGCGGGAAUCUGGAGAUGGAUACUGGUGGAGAGGUUCAC